AUGACUAAUCUCUCAGUAUGUGUGAAUGUAACACAGGGUAAGGGAACAGGGAGCUUUGGUAAGAGGAGGAACAAGACUCACACCCUCUGUGUGAGGUGCGGCCGCCGGAGCUUUCACCUCCAGAAGAGUCGCUGCUCCGCCUGCGCUUUCCCCGCUGCACGCAAGAGGAAAUAUAACUGGAGCGUGAAGGCCAUCCGCAGAAAGACCACCGGCACCGGCAGGAUGAGGUACCUCCGCCACGUGCCUCGCCGAUUCAAGAGCGGCUUCAGAGAAGGUACUGAAGCUGCACCAAGGAAGAAGGGAGCAGCUGCAUCUGCAUAAGCCUUUUGGAUUAGAAGAUCGUUGUUUGGUGGUUACCGAAUUAGAGUGGUAGAUUGUUAUUUUUGUGUUCUUGACGCAAGGCUUUUGGAACAUUUGUUUAUUUUGAUAGCCUCAUUGCUUCUGUCACUUUUGGUCUUGUUUACUUUAAUUUUGUAGUUGCUAUUAAAUUUCAACGAGAUGAUUAUCAGACUUUUUGGAUAUUCAGUUUGAUUGUAUGACAAUUAUAGUUUUGGUUUCGAA